GAGAUCCACACUAGCAAUUUCGCAAGAUGGCGGAAAGCGGGGGAGAGGAAGACCUUCCUAGUCCCGAUCAAGUCUCUACAAAACCUCGGGUCGUGACCAUCUACAAAACAGACACAGGCUUCGGUUUCAACGUCCGGGGGCAGGUUAGCGAAGGAGGCCAGUUACGGAGCAUCAACGGGCAGCUGUACGCGCCGCUACAACAUGUUUCCGCCGUGCUGGAGGGAGGAGCGGCCCACAAGGCCGGCAUCCAGAGAGGGGAUAGGAUCCUUGAAGUAAAUAAGGAGAACGUGGAAGGUGCCACUCACAAAAGAGUAGUGGACCUGAUCAAGUCGGGAGGCGAUGCUCUCACGUUAAAGGUCGUCUCGGUGUCCAGAAAGGAAGCGGCUCGGCUGGACUCCCAGGGCGACGACAACUCCGCCUCCUACGCCUGUGUAGACUACAGCGAGAAGAGGGCCCUCCCCAUCUCCAUACCGGACUACAGAACACUGGAAACUUCUGCCGAGAAAUUUGUGGUGUACAAUAUCUACAUGGCAGGGAGGCAGCUGUGUGCCAGGAGGUACCGGGAGUUCUCCAACCUCCAUCAGACCCUCAAGAGGGAGUUCCCAGAGUUCCCCUUCCCCAAGAUGCCGGGGAAGUGGCCGUUCACGCUGUCCGAGCAGCAGCUGGACGGGCGGCGGCGUGGGCUGGAACAGUACCUAGAGAAGGUCUGCUCCAUCCGAGUCAUCGCUGAGAGCGACGUCAUGCAGGAGUUCCUGGCAGACAUCACAGAAAAAGACGUGAACAGUGGUACAGCUGAGGUGGACCUGAGAGUCCUGUUACCAGACAGAAGCACACUCACUGUCACCAUCAGGAGAAACAACAACACAGACCAGGUCUACGACGCUGUAGUAGACAAACUGGGACUUGAUGAGGAACUACUUCCCUACUUCGGACUGUUUGAAAUUAUGGACACAAACUUUGAGAGAAAACUGGUGCCCACAGAGUUCCCCCAUAACCUGUACAUCCAGAACUACACAGCUGCAGCCUCCACCUGCAUCGCUCUGCGUAAAUGGCUCUUUGACCUGCAGAGAGAACUGCAGCUGUCGCACCUGGACAUGGCCAACACCUUCUUCUACUGGCAGGCUAUAGACGAUGUUGGGAAGGGCAGAAUCAGGCCGGGCGACCACAUUUAUGAACUCAAGUCUCUGCAGGACAGGGGCAAGAAACAAGAGUAUUUGAAGCUUGUGAGGAAGUGUGAAGGCUACAAUGAGAUUGCAUUCCCCCACUGCCCCUGUGACUCCAGGAAAAAGGGCCAUGUCAUCGUGGCCCUGACCAUAGAACACUUCACACUCACGGCAUGUACAGAGGAGGGAGAACCAGAGAGCCAGGUGAUCACGUUCAGCUGGGAGGAGAUGACCCAGUGGGAGGUGGAUGAUGAGGGCAUGGCCUUCUGUUUCCAGUACCAGCGAGGGGAGAAAAAACCACGCUGGGUCAGGAUCUUCUCACCACAUUUUGUGUACAUGUAUGACUGUUUCGAGAGGAUCGUCCAGGAACUAGGUACAGUCACAGCAGCAAAUGUGAGUUGGUUUUCAUUAUACUGUAUACGUACAAGGUUUAUGUGCUGAUUCAAGCAAAUUCAAUGGCUUUUGUCAGCUUUUGUGGGAUGCCCUUGUAAAGUAAAGUAGCCGUGUAGUAUCAUUUCUGAGGCCUGU